AUGGAGCCCAAAACAGUUGACGACGUUCAUGUUGAAGCUGUACACGGCCCACACAUCGUACCUAUUGAGCAAGAAGCCACCGAAGAUGUAAAACACGUGAACCUGACAUGGAGGUCAUGGGUGGUAGUAUUUUGCUGCUGCUUCGCUGUGAUGUCGCAAGUGUUCGUGGUAGCGGCAGCCGGCUCUGUCCUUGCAUUCAUCAUUCGCGAGCUUGGGGAACCCGCAAUCGCAAACUGGGUGAUUCAGGGACCACUCCUCAUGCAAUCCGUCCUAUCGCCUCUUGUCGGUCGCCUCUCCGAUGUCUUGGACCGCAAACUCUUCUCUACGAUACCGCCUCUGAUUGCUUGUGUCGGUGCAGUUGUAUGCGCAAAGGCGACCUCCAUGUCCAUGUUGAUCGGAGGCGGUAUCCUGAUCGGCGUCACACUUGCUACCAUCUCCAUUGUGCAGGCAAUCCCGUCGGAGAUUCUGCCUCUGAAAUAUCGAGCCGUGGCCAAUGGCUUUGCUGGCGUUGCUGGUGUACUGGGCGGCACUGUCGGCAGCCUGGGCGCUGGGGCAGUAACGAAUAUCAGUCCAACUGGCUGGCGUUAUAUUUUCUGGAUCCAAGUUGGCCUGCAUGGUUUCUCUUCGCUCGGCCUUCUUUUGUUCUACUGGCCUAAGAAGAGAACCGACUACCCAAAAAUGUCUCUGAAAGAAAUUGCUUGGGCUUGCGAUCCUAUCGGCUCCUUUCUUCUCGUCAGCAGUGCGACCCUGAUGUUGUUGGCGCUGAACUGGGCUGGAGGCGCGUAUAAGUGGAGUAAUCCCCAUAUAUAUGCCACCCUUGUGGUUGGUAUUGUGCUGUUCAUUGCGUUCUGUCUUUACGAAUGGAAGGGCCGGACCGACGGCAUCGUAGCGCAUGUGUUCUUUUCCACUGGGCCCAAUUUCUGGCUUUCGACCUUUGCAUUUGCUAUCGAGGGAUGGAUCUACUAUUCAGCUGUCAACUCUGUCACGCCGCAGCUUAUCCUCAACCUCGGCUUCGAAGACAAUUCAUGGGAUAUUGCGGUCCGACAACUGGCAUAUAAGAUUGCCUCUAUUUUCACCUCAAUCGCCGUCACGUGGUGGGCGACCAGAUUCAAGGACCUCAAAACCCCCCUCGUCGUUACCUUCGGCAUCAUGUUCAUAGCAGGCGUCUGCUUCGCCGUCAUUCGCCCCAGCUGGUCGACACCUCAAAUCGUCUUCACCGCCCUGACAGGCAUCGGCUGCGCGGGGCCCCUCACGCUCCUCAUCGCCUGCGUGCAAUUCACCGCCCCGCACGCCUUCCUCUCGACAGCCACGGGCCUCGCCUUCUCCGCCCGAGCCAUCGGCGGCGCCUUCGGCACCGCCUGCAUCUACGGCAUCGUCAAUUCGCAUAUCGCGUCGCACUACGCUUCCGACGUGGGGUCUGCGGCCAUCGCGGCGGGUCUGCCUGCUUCGUCGGUGGGGGCGCUGCUGAAGGCGAUGAAGGGGAGCACGAGGACCAAGGCGAAGGGGCAGGGGGUGCCGGGGGCGACGCAGGGGAUCAUGGACGCUGCGUGGAGCGCGAGUUACUGGUCUUAUGCGAGGGCGUAUCGGCUCGGGUUUUGGAGUGUGGUGCCGUUUGUGGCGCUCGCGACGGUUAGUGUGGCGUGCAUGAAGGGGGUGAGGGAGUUGAUGACGGAGAGGGUCGAGGCAACGGUUGAGCGGGAGAGUGAUGAGGAGACGGAGAGGACGGAGAAGGCGUAG